CGAGCUUUUUUGACCUGCCGCCACUCGGCCAAUAAGUAGGACUGACAGAUGAGGAAUUAAAUUCUUUGAUGGUCAAAUUCUAUGAUGGUCAAAUUCUACUACUACUAAUACUACUACUACGCCGAGCUUUUUGGAACCACGAUGAGCUUGCGGGCAUCGUCAAGAGUUGAACAGCACUACAACUAUGGAUCAGCCAACACACGUUAUCGAUCCAGAGGGCGAAGUGAUCUUAAUACUGCGAAACGCCAAUCUUCCUUUUGCAGACUGGUUCUACGGAGCUUUUUCUAAGCUGAAGCUUGAUGUCCAGGACAAGAGUCAGGAAACUCUGAAAGAAAAGAGCUUCUGUAUCCAGGCGUCCGCAAAGCAUUUAGUACUCGCCUCUCCUGUUUUCAAACAGAUCCUCACUGGGGGUUGGAAAGAGAGUGUCACUUAUCUUCAGAAAGGCUCUGUCGAAAUUACCACCGAGGGUUGGGACAUUGAAGCACUUCUAAUCUUGCUCAGAAUUAUGCACUGUCAAACCCAUCACGUACCCCGAAAAUUAACUCUUGAAAUGUUUGCUAAAGUCACUGUCCUAGCAGACUAUUAUGGAUGCAAGGAAACUAUAGGAUUCUUUGCAGAUACGUGGAUCGAGUCCUUAAAGGAAGUGCCUCCCGCGACUUAUUGUCGAGACUUGAUCUUAUGGUUAUGGAUUUCGUAUUACAUGAGGCUCCCUGAUGAAUUCCAAAAAGUUUCCUCGAUAGCAAUAUCGCAGGGAAAUGGUUUGAUUGAUAAUCUCGGGCUUCCGAUCCCUCACAAAGUUCUCGAAAAAAUCGAUAGCAACAGACAGCAAGCCAUCAACAAUAUUAUCAUACUGCUUCAAGAGAAACGCGAGGCCCUUCUCAGCGGCAGUCAAAGCUGUUCUUUUGAGUGCAGUUCAAUCAUGUAUGGAGCUCUCACAAAGCAAAUGCAGUCAAACGGUCUACUUUCACCGGUCCCAGUGGCUCCUUUUCUCAAUUUGAAUUACGAAGGACUUGUGUGGAAGUUGCGAUCCUUCAAAUCACCAGAAUGGUAUUCUCCAGGCUCGGAUUAUCCCUAUCGCAAACCCACUCUGCACUCCUGUCCGCAGUCCACGUUUAAAUCCCUAUUUGGCACGUUGAACAAUACUGUUGGAGGUCUUAAUCUGGAUGAUUUCUAAAGACAUGAAGUAUCCAGUUUCUAUAUCCUAGGAAAGCUCACUGUGUCAUUGAAAGGCCGAUGUCUUUACCGGCCUUUUCCUACCGAGUGGAUAUUAGUUCGUGUUUGCGAUGCCUGUGUUGUGAAAUUUUCCUUACGGAGACCUCAGUUGUUGUAUCUUUGACCUAAGGGAAUGUUCAAUAAGCUCAGCAGAUAUCAAGCCUACAUCAAAUAUACAUUUUCCAACAUUUCCGCUCUCGGGAG